CACAUGUGGCAAGCUUCAAAGACGAGGAGAUCAAAAUACAAAUGAAAUUUAUUAUUAUUGUUUUCACUUGUCGCUUCCCUCUGUUGUGUUGGGGCACGACCUGAUUGUCUGUUGUAGAAAUGUCGGAGGCUAUAUUGCCCCUGUUCUGGGAUUUAGCAUCUCCCGAAGAUGAAAAGAGAAUCGCUGCCGUAAUGAAGUUAAUCUCGUCAUUGGUGGACAGUCAAAACGAGAACAAGGAAGAAUUAUGUUCAGACGUACAAUACUCAUUGAAGCGACUUGUGAGAGGUCUUUCUUCUCCCAGGCAGGCUGCUCGACAGGGAUUUGCAGAGGCCCUGUGUGAGCUGCUGCGUCAGUUUCCGAAAGUGUCCACGGAGAGUUUUGUAGAGUUGAUGAAAGAGCACCUUCAGCCCAGUGCCAACAUGAAAGGCUAUGAAGAAAGCAACGUGCUAUUCGGCCAGGUGGUAGCUAUUGUAACUCUGAUCCGCGCCAAGCGGCUCAGCGACAAGACAGUCCAGCAGGAUACGUUGGCGUUCAUCGUGGAUCAGCUGCAGACGUGCCGUGGGCGCAAGAGUUACUUGAAGGAGCUGUGUGCCUCGGUGCUGGGCGACCUAGUCUCCAGCAUGCCGGCGAAAGUAUUCAAGCAGAGCCUGUAUCCAUUAUUAGAGUCGGACCUACACUGCGGCUGGAGUGAAUGCACGGCGGAGCAGUUUAUUAUCCUACUAAAGGCAAAUCAGUAUCACUCCGAAGGACUUGGUGCGAAGUUCUUUGAAACCCACUGGGGCUGCAGUAGUAUAUUGCACGAGGAGAACAUACCUCGUGUCGUUGACAUUCUGCUCAAGGCCGGUGACAUCCACAGCUCCAAGGUGCACUGUGUCUGGAUCGAGGUGGCAACUCUGCUCAUGUCGGAUGUGGACACGUUCACAGCGUUCUGGAAAGCCGGCGUUGAGACGGCACUGCUCAACUCCACGGUGACGCGGCGCUGCUCGGCAAUGCAGCUGGCGGAAGCCAUCAUGCCGCAGGCGUCCGUACAGCUACUGCCGGUCAUUCUUAGCGCGCCGCUGCUGAAAUGCGUAGUGAAAAGCAUUUCGGCAAAGAAGACCAUCCUACCCGCCGCCGCCAAGCAGUUCUGUAAGGGUCUUGUGGAGACUUUCCGCAAAGGUGCCGAAGCAGCGCCCGCAGCUGGUCAAGAGGCUGGUGGUGGCGACAGUGGUAAGCAACACAAUCAGCUGAAAGGCCUGGUGGAUGUGCUGCUGGACUUGCUCUGGCACCCGUCGCGCAUCCUGCGAAGUGCCGUGGAGGAGGUCUUCCGCGGCAUAGAGCGCCAUCUAACUCCUAGCGCUCUGGAGUUGGUAAUCACAAGCGUUGUUGGGCAGGACGACAGCGCGGACAAGGAUACUGACAUGGACGUCGAUGAGGAAGAGGACAGUGACGAUGACGACGACGAAGGCAGUGGCGAUGAAGACGGUGACGGCGAAGAGAAUCUGCUUUUCGACGACGGCAGUGAAGAGGACAGUGAUGUCAGUGAUGUUGACGAGGAAGAGGAUAUGGAUAGCGACGUGCCAUCAGGCCCAGCAACGGCCGGCACUGAAGACAGUGGCACGGACGAUAAUGAUGACGACGAUGGCGACGACGACUUUGAACUGCCUGAUGAAGAGAUGCCCGAGGACCCAGAAGAGAUUGCAAAAGUAGAUGCUGCACUAGUCAUGGCAUUGAAGCACCGCAUAGAAUCGAAGAAAAAGCGCAAGAUGGAGCGUCUUGAUCUGAUUCACUUCCGCCUUCGUGUAUUGGAUGUGGUGGAAAUUAUAAUUCGUCGAAGUCAGAAUGCUAGCAUAUUGCUUCGUCUGGUGAUGCCCUUGUUUGAGUUGACAUUGGAAAAGGCCAGUGACAGUCAGGCAAGAGCUCUUAUUCAGAAAGCGCAGGGAUUGCUCAAGUCUCGCCUGUGCAAGACGCGCACACGCUCGUUGUCGAGUGCCGAGGAUCUGGACGAGGGCUAUGCAGUGCUGAGGCGGCUCAUCGACAUUUCCCGCCAUGCGCACACUGCCGCAACCAGUACUCUCGCCACAGAGGCCAUCAUGUACACACUGAGAUUGAUGCACACAUCAUCAUCUGCCAACGACCAGGCAGCCGCUGUCAGUUCGUUCGCUGCAGAUCCAGCGAAGAUUGUAGAGCUGUUUGCCGCACCAGUAGAGGAAUUCAUCACAAAGAAGAGCUCGCGCCUCAGCUCCAGUCUUUUCACCGAGAUAUUGUCACGCUAUCCGUCAGUUGCCUGGCUCUUGGCCAGAACAAUGGCCAAGCAUCUUCCGGACAGUGCCAACGAGUUUCGGCGCAAGGAGAUCUGCGUGUUGUUGUGCACGCUGCUGUCCCGCCGUGAUGCCUCUUCACACGCACCAGUCCACUUCUCUGGCCUUGCUAAAGUGCUGCGCCACUCCCUGACCAAGACAUUGACGCUGGCCGCUCAGACGUCCGACAAGGCGAAGGCGAAGAACUUCCGCCAGUUGAUUCUCCUUGCGCAGCACUUCCUCAAGCUAUCCACCAUUCACGGCAGUGAGAAGCUCGCAUCUGCUAUCCGCAGUGACCUGCAGGAACCGCUCAAGAUGGCCUCUGAGUGUAACCUUGCACAGCGAUCGCCAGAGAUCAAGAGCUUGAUUGUCAAGCAGCUGAGCUAACCUUGUGUGUGUGUGCAUGCGUGUUUGUGUGUGUGUGUGUGUGUGUGUGUGUGUGUGUGUGUGUGUGUGUGUGUGUGUGUGUGUGUGUGUGUGUGUGUGUGUGUUUGACGUACUCCACACAUCAUGCUGGUCGUGAUGAUUUAGAGCUGGCAUGUGCAGCUCCGUUGUUGCCGAUGUACCACUCUCCUGUACUAUAACAUGACUCUUGUGA